AUGGCAACCCGCGUCCUCCUCAUCAACGGCCCGAACCUGAACCUGCUCGGGACCCGCGAGCCCCAGAUCUACGGCUCGACCACCCUCGCCGACGUCAUAUCCACAGCAGAGUCUCAAUCAAAGUCCCUGGGCGUGACCCUCGAGACCUUCCAGUCCAACCACGAGGGCGCCAUCGUGGACCGCAUCCAGGAGGCGGCGGGCUUCGGCCCCAAUGGCGACCGGAACAAGGAGGGCAAGGUCGAGGCCAUAAUUAUCAACCCGGGAGCGUACACGCACACGAGUGUAGCCAUCAGGGACGCGCUGCUGGGCGUGUCGAUACCCUUUGUGGAGGUCCACGUGUCGAACGUGCACACCAGGGAGCCGUGGAGGAAGCACAGCUACUUCAGCGACAAGGCUGUGGCGGUCAUCGCGGGGCUCGGCGUCUACGGGUACCAGGCUGCGCUGGAGUUUGUGGCGAAGCACCUCAAGCGGUGA